AUGACAACGAUUAAUGAUCUUUCCAUGUUUUAUACUAAAUUUGCAUUUUAUUUGACUAAAAUUUAUCAUGAUGAAUUUGAAUUUGUUCAUUUCCUUUCUCAGUUCAUGAUUUCUUCUGCAGUAAUUACAUUCUUCAGCUUUACUUUUCUGGACAUUCGCGCAAUGUAUGGUCGUUAUUCAUCUGAAUCUUUCUUUGCAAAUAUAUCGAUUCCUGCAAAGUUUGCUUGGUUUUUGCAAGAAUUGCCUUCUCUUCUAAUUCCUCUUUUUGUUAUUUGGCAUAGAGGAUUGUAUAAUAUUCCAUUUGAAAAUUAUAUUGCAUUGGCUAUGUUUGUUGUUCACUAUUUUCAAAGAUCUUUGAUUUAUCCAUGGCUAAUCAGAGGUGGAAAACCUACACCUAUCCAUCUUUUUUUACUUGGAUUUAUAUUCACUACCUGGAAUGGUUAUAUACAAGGAUUUUUUCAUGUUAAAUAUGCUAAUUAUGGGCAAGGAUAUUUUUGGACAUUUGGAAGUUUAUUCGGCAUUUUUCUCUUCCUCACUGGAAUGUUCAUUAAUUUACGUGCAGAUUCUAUUUUGCGUACUCUUCGACGCCCUGGUGAAAAAUGUUACAAAAUUCCUCAUGGUGGUAUGUUUAAAUAUGUAUCGUGUGCUAAUUUUUUUGGAGAAAUUAUUGAAUGGAUUGGUUAUGCAAUUUAUGCUCAAUCAACUGCUUCUUUAGCCUUUGCACUCUUUACCGCUGCCAAUACAAUUCCUAGAGCUAAAUUACACCACAAAUGGUAUUUGAACAAAUUUGGGAAUAAUUAUCCACAAGAUAGAAAAGCAGUUAUUCCAAUGUUACCUAUUUGUCAAGAUAAAGGAGAAGGAAACAAAGAGAUUUUUCUAGAUGCUCUGCCGUAUAUUGACGAUAUUAAUUACACAGAAGAACAUAAACAAUUGGCUCUGAAAUUAAUUGAGGCUGAAAUGAGAAGGUUUCCAAUGACUAAAAAUUAUUUGAGGAAUUUUCCGGAGCCUGAUUAUGACAAAUUUUUGACCCCACGACUUAUUGAACAUCAACAACAAAUUGCUAAUAAACAGGAAAUUCCAAAAUUGGAUUUACUUCGUUAUGAAGUCCCGACACCUGGUAGAGCUGCAAAUAAGAAAGCUUGGCUUUCAGCUAUCGAAAAUUGCAAAGCGCAGCUGGCCAAUCAGAAUUUAAGAAAAAUUAAUUUGGAGCUACUUCUUGAAUAUGGUUCUGAGGCUCAUCUUCGUUCAAAUGAAAUUUUAAAGAGUCAAGUAGAAUCAAGCGAAGCAGAACUUUACAAAAUUCGUUCCGAACUUUAUGAACUAAAUGCUAGACGUAAAAGAAGUCAAAUGCAAGCAGGAGAAGAAUUGACAUCCCUUGGACAAGGUUGGGUUGAAUUAGUUACUAAAAAUGCUGGAAUGGAAAUUGCAAUUGAUGCUUUAGAAAAAGAAAUAAAAACUAUCGCGAAACGAUUAAAAACAGAUCCUGGACUUGUGGAAAAGGAAAGUAAAUAA